UGUUAGCUUGUGAGGUGGAGGUGGAGGUACGGGGCAGUUGCUUCCCAAGAUGGCGGCAGUAGCGGCUUUUGGUGGGGUAGUUGAUGGGGCAGCCGCCUCUGCUGGGUCGCUCCCAGGCCCAGGCCCAGGCCCAGGCCCAGGCCCAGAACCAGGCUCGGCCAACGCCCCUGAAGAGGUAUUGCCGCCGCUGGAGCCGGCCGAGAUAGCGAGUCGCUUGGAAAGGAGUGCCCGACAGUUCCGUAACCGACGCAAGGUGCUCAUUCGUGGGCUGCCUGCCGACGUCGCCAACCAGGAAAUUCAUGAUCUUUUGAGUGACUACGAACUGAAGUACUGUUUUGUGGACAAAUACAAAGGAACCGCUUUUGUCACCUUAUUGAAUGGGGAACAGGCAGAAUCAGCGAUUCAGAAAUUCCACUUGAGCAGGCUGCGGGACAAGGAGAUUACAGUGCAACUACAACCCACAGAUGCCCUCCUGUGCAUUGCCAACCUGCCCCACCUUUACACACAGCAGCAGUUUGAAGACCUGGUUCGACCAUUUGGGAACUUAGAGCGCUGCUUCUUGGUGUACAGUGAGAAAAAGGGACACUCCAAAGGUUAUGGUUUUGUGGAGUACAUGAAAAAGGAUUCAGCAGCCAGAGCAAAGUCUGACCUGUUGGGCAAACAGCUGGGAACACGGACUCUGUAUGUUCAUUGGACAGAUGUCAACCAACUGACUCUAGACCUUAUUCACUCAAAAUGCUUAUGUGUGGAUAAACUGCCCCACAGUUACAAUGAUGUUGAAGAACUGAGGCAGACCUUCUCUGCCAUCUCUCCUCCAACAUUCUGUCAGCUGGCAUGUGGUCAGGAUGGGCAGCUGAAAGGCUUUGCAGUCCUGGAGUAUGAGUCAGCUGAAAUAGCAGAGAUGGUUCAACAGGCUACCAACGGCUUUCUACUUGCUGGAAACCAUAUCAGAGUCUCUUUUUGUGCUCCGGGCCCUCCUGGGCGAAGUAUGCUAGCUGCUCUGAUAGCUGCCCAAGCAACAGCACUUAACCGUGGGAAAGGGCUUCUACCUGAGCCCAAUCUUCUUCAGAUUCUGAACAGCUUAGGGAAUCCUUCAUCUCUCCAGCUCUUACUCAACCCGCUGCUUCAUGGAGCCCUUGGAGGAAAGCAAGGGAUCCUUGGAGCACCACCAACAGUAUCUCUUCUAACCAACCCAGCUUUGUUCACAGCUCAGCUUCAGCUGGCACUUCAGAAUCAAACACAAGCACAGCAGAAGGCAUUUCUUGGAAACUUGCUCUUAGUCCAAAACCAGGUCUGGGCACAGCUCCUACAGAACAAAGAAAACCAGGCCGUAUUUCAUAAACCUGGAAUCUUGGGAGAGUCUCCUCUUGGUUCCUUGCAGCACAAUGCUCUGGGGAUGUCAAACACUCCAGUUUCUCAGGCGGGAAGUCAGUUAUUAGGUGAGAUGUCCUCAGGUGGCUCUUUAGCAGCUGAUGUGUCCCCAGGACCUGUGAAGUCUACCAUCUUGCCUUCUGCAAACUUGUCCUUACCAUCUUUUCUGGGACCAAUGGCAAUGGAGAGGGAGAAUGCCAUGAUGGGAACACCGGCAUCUCAGUUGACUUCACCUGGCUUACAGGGUCUCACUACCUCCAUUUUGGGAUCUAUGAUCAGUGGGCUUCAGAAACCCUCUGAUAACAGACCAGACAAUGGUCCUCAGUUAGCUGGUGUUUCUCUCCUAGGAGAGCCACCAAAAGACUUCAAGAUUCCACUCAAUCCAUAUCUAAAUCUGCACAGCCUUCUCCCUAGAAGCAAGGUUGGAGGUGGGACUAAUAAAACAUUCAGCCCGAAGACUGGUGUACUUGGCAAUGCUUCCAAUCCUAGAAUGCCACAGGCUUCCAUGUCUGAUCUUCUCCUGCCCUCAUCUAGUCUAUCAGAAGAUAAUUCUGCAUUUGACUGUCAGCCUGACUUGGUACCACGAAUAUAUCCCCAGGCCAGAGAGACAACAUCCCAGCUAGGUGUAUUUGUGCAUAAGCAGCAAAAGGUUUCAUCUCCUGGGUUUGAGCAGAACCAUCUAGGAACUCCAUUGCCCCCAUUCUAUGCAGGGUCUCCAACCUCGUAUUUCACAAGUGGCCUUCAAGCUGGACUCAGACAGAGCCACCUGAACAAAGCUGUUGGGAUGCCACCUGUGGGCACAGGAGACAGUAUCCUGGGAUUAGGACCAACCAGUCCUUCCCACAGCAGCUACUCAAAGACUCCCAUUGGAGGCCAGAAGCGAGCCUUUUCUCACCUGCUACCCUCCCCAGAGCCUAGUCCAGAAGGCAGCUAUAUUGGCCAGCAUUCUCAGGGCCUGGGAGGGCACUACGCAGACUCCUAUUUAAAGCGAAAGAGGAUAUUUUAAUCCAUUUCUUAGUGAAGCACUCUUCUUAUCCUCCCUAGCCCCAAUGUGUACACUGUUUGUAAAAAUGUUUUUACUGUUUUUUAGGUUUUUUUUAAAAAAAUGCUUGUAUGUAAAAACCAUACUUUCACACUUCUAAGAUCAGCUACAGGUCUGUCAUGGACACUGAAGAUGGGCCUUGGAUGUUUGCUCCCAAAGAGCACCACUUUUUCCCAGGUGAAGCCGUGUGAGCAAUCAUGAGCAGCUUUGCCAAGCUUUAGUCAGCUGGACCCAAAUCAAACAGAGUGUCUUUUUUCCACACGGACUCCUUCCUCUGCAAUUCAAGUUGGAGUCUCCCGAAAGAGCCAUGCCUUCGAAAGAGAUAGAAGUUCCUGCCUUAAAGCUCCUAGGGAAGGCAUGUGCCCUCUGGAUGCAUCGCAGUACAGUGGAGUGAAUGGUGAUGAGGAAGGUGGUGGUGAUGCCUUGUGUCCACUGGAAAACAGUUCCAAACAGCUGCAGACUGUCACAAUCACGCUCCUGGAGUAUUCAGGUUGAACUGAGUCUUCACCUUCUCUACAGGCUUUCUUUUCUUUGGUUUCUUUUAAAGUAUGGGUCUAUUUUGCUUUUGUAAUUAUUUGUAAAUUCCCUUUUUAAAAAAAAUCUGGACUUUUAGUUGCUUCUUUUUAAUAAUAGCUUAGGAACAUGGGAUCUUGGAGUUGCAUCCAAGUCAACUUGAAUACUGUUUUUUUUAAAGUUUCUGUCCUCUUAGGUGUAGUAGUUUUUAGUCUAGACCAAUUUCUUUUUGGGAUACAAACUAUUUUCUUCUGAGUGUGUUUUUUCUAUUUUGACCAUUGUCUUAAUGCUAAUCCUGUGGUCUGAUAAUCUUUUAGACCAAACUUUUGUGGCUGGGACAAUCUUUGGGCAUUGCUUUCUAGGGUGACUUGUUUUCUUGCAGUUAUGCUCCUUAGUGGCACAUCUGACUUUUUGAGAGAACCCAGCUUUUAUACUGUGCCAGCAGUUGGGCAGAACUGUCAAAGUAGUUUCCGCUGAAUUGGCAGUUGGAAGAGUUAUCAUGCCCUUUACACUGUGUUAAGGGAGAAUAGAUAGAAAGCACAAUCUCCUCCAACCAGAGUAGUUUGGGCAAGAUCCAGUUUAAACUGUUAACAAAGAAGAAGAGCUCAAUCAGUUCCUUAAGCCAGUUUAGAUUCAGGAUAGGCAAUAUGCCCAUUCUCAGAGGAGACCUAUAUAUGGUUCAUUUUGAGAGAGUGGGAGUCUGUGGCCUUCUCCCCAAGGGAUUUAGAGUUCUGCCUUGAUAUAAUGAACUUUUUCUGUUUCAUAAACAUGCUACAAUAUUUCUACUGUAGAUACUGGCUGGUUUGCUGGAUUUGUUGCUGGAUUUGAAAUCCAUCAGCAGCUGGAUACCAACUUUCUAAAGUAAAGCUAUAUUUAUACCAAACUUCA